AUGAAGGCACAAUUGUUGAGCCUGGGCGUUGCCCUCACAGCCCUCUCCCAGGGAGUUGUGGCCGAGCAGGGUGAUUCCUUGAACUGGCCGUUCAAGCCUCUCGUUACAACUGAAGGCAUAGAAAACAAGAUUAAGCUCAAGGAUCUUAUGGCCGGUGCCCAGAAGCUGCAAAGCUUCGCAGACAGUCACCCUGAGAAGAAUCGAGUGUUCGGUAGCCCUGGCCACAAGGACACCGUCGACUGGAUUUACAAUGAGAUCAAGGCUACAGGCUACUACGAUGUGAAGAAGCAGGAGCAAAUGCACCUGUGGUCGCACGCUGAAGCAGCCGUCAACGCUAAUGGCAAGGAUCUCACUGCCAGCGCCAUGUCCUACAGUCCACCUGCAGAGAAGAUUUCUGCGGAUCUUGUUCUGGUGAAGAACAUGGGCUGCAAUGCCACCGAUUACCCAGAUACCGCCAAGGGCAAGAUUGUCCUCAUCGAGCGUGGUGUUUGCAGCUUCGGCGAGAAGUCCGCCCAGGCUGGAGAUGCUAAGGCUAUCGGUGCCAUCAUCUACAACAACGUUCCUGGAUCACUCGCCGGCACGCUGGGUGGCCUUGACCCCCGCCAUGCUCCAACUGCUGGACUCUCCCAGGCUGACGGAAAGGACCUCGCUAGCCAAGUUGCUUCUGGCAAGGUGACCAUCACCAUGAAUGUCAUCAGCAAGUUCGAGAACAGGACGACCUGGAACGUCAUUGCCGAGACCAAGGGAGGUGACCACAACAACGUCAUCAUGCUCGGUUCGCACACUGACUCCGUGGAUGCUGGCCCCGGUAUCAACGACAACGGCUCUGGCACCAUUGGUAUCAUGACCGUCGCCAAAGCCCUCACCAACUUCAAGGUCAACAACGCCGUCCGUUUCGGCUGGUGGACCGCCGAGGAAUUCGGCCUCCUCGGAAGCACUUUCUACGUCAACAGCCUCGAUGACCGCGAGCUUCACAAGGUCAAGCUCUACCUCAACUUCGACAUGAUUGCCUCCCCCAAUUAUGCCACCCAGAUCUACGACGGUGACGGUUCCGCCUACAACAUGACCGGCCCAGCUGGAUCUGCUGAAAUCGAAUACCUGUUCGAGAAGUUCUACGAUGACCAAGGAAUCCCCCACCAGCCCACUGCCUUCACUGGUCGUUCCGAUUACUCUGCUUUCAUCAAGCGCAACGUCCCUGCUGGCGGUCUCUUCACCGGUGCUGAGGUCGUCAAGACCGAAGCUCAGGCUAAGCUCUUUGGCGGAGAGGCUGGUGUCGCUUACGACAAGAACUACCACGGCAAGGGUGACACCAUGGACAACCUCAACAAGGCUGCUUUCUUCCUCAACACCCGAGGAGCUGCCUACGCCACUGCUGAAUAUGCCCGCUCCCUCCGCGGAUUCCCAACCCGCCCAAAGACCGGCAAGCGUGAGGUUAACCCACGCCGCGCCUCUAUGCCCGGUGGUGGCUGUGGACACCACUCUGUCUUUAUGUAA